AUGUUUUCCUUCCAGUCAUUGCCGAUCUCGGCUUCCAUUCUUUCGUGCAUUCUGCUGGCUGGCCAAAGCAAUUCCCUUCCUGACCAAGUCCCAGCCGAAGGAGCUCCUGCUUCAGAAACUCUAGUCAUCGAUCAGGAGUCUUUUGUUGUCAACCCUACCAAUGUCGUUCUUGACAGCACAAGCCUUACAACGGUUGGGCCCACCCUGACCGUGGACUACGCUCGUGUGAAUUUGGACAAGUCUUACGAUAUCUUCAUCAAUGGAUCGCUCGCACUUUCAGGCCCUUCACUACCUCCGAAAGCUACCUCAACAUCUAGCUCAGCAUCCUCAUCCAGCCCGCCUUUCCCGACCCAAUCUACGAGUUCUGGCUCAUCGAUCGGGACUUCAUCAAGCAGUCUUUCAAGUUCAUCCGUCUCAUCUUCAUUUCGUGGCACAGGAGUUACUUCCUCGUCAUCUCCUCCAUUUGGGACAGGCGCAUCCUCAUCUUCCCGGCCUUCCCAAGGUUUACCAGGCACUGGUUCGAGCUCAUCACGAUCCUCUUCGCCUGCUGGCACUGGGUUGAGUUCUUCCUCUUCCCCGCCAUUCGGUACCGGCCUUUCCACAUCCUCUCGACCCUCUCAAGGACUACCAGGGACUGGUUCUUCGUCAAGUAAAACACCUCCUUUUCCAAGUCAGGGGACAGGAUCAUCAAGUUCGUCCUCCCCGGGAACUUCUCCGCCUUAUCCUUUGUCCUCUAGCUCAGCAUCUUCCUCGUCUUCAGGAAGUGGUAUUUCAAAUGGACUUUCUUUGAGCAAGUUCUCAGGGUCUAACGGACUUCUAACAUCGUCAAGCUCAAGCUCAAGCUCAAGUAGCUCUACUGCUUCACCAACAGCAACAAGCACCAACAGUCCCUCGCCUGGGUCUACUGGAACAUUUUCAAGCGCUUCCUCUACCUCAUCAUCAUCUUCAUCAUCUUCAGGAACGCAAAGCUCACCUUCAGUCAAUACUGACGUCCCCAACACAACUCAACCAGGAGGGAUCCCUUACUCUCCCAUUCCAACUACUGCUGCAUCCUCUCAAGACCACGCCUUUGGCUUACUCUUGCUCGGAUUCGUCAAAGGUGGAAGGGGUUGGGUAGAUGACAUCACACUCCCCGCUAUCAAGACACAGGCCGUCCACGAAAUAGAAAAUCUCUUGGAGAAUACCGAAAAUGUCAUCAAGAACCUUGGCGGAGAAUUCCCACCCUCUGUUCAUCCAUGCUCCGGUGGUGGUGCCAAGAAGCGCUUCUUCAAUCCUAUCGAUGCGGUCAAAAAUUUGGCGGGCGAUGUUCUGGGUCUAGCCAACUGUAUCUCAGAUAUAGUGAACGACAUCUCAUCUGAAAUCGGCCCACUGACCGGUCCUCCUCCUCCUCCGGGUAUCAUCCCAGAAAUAGAGGCUCAGCUUGACGCGCUCGAGGAAGCUGGAGAGGAAGAAGAGGACGAUGACGACGACAAAUCAUCAACUUCCGAAUCGCAAUCUCAAUCUUCGUCCAGCAGUGAUUCUUCUUCGACUUCGAGUAGUUCGUCCUCGUCGUCCUCGUCGUCCUCGUCCUCUAGCUCUUCGAGCUCCUCGUCUGCGGCCGGCGCUUGCCCAACCUAUGCGUAUCCAGACGAUCCAAUCGAUGCCUUUGAGGACGGGACUUACACGACUGGUAGUGCGGCCAAACGAGGUAUUUCAUCCAGGGACACUUAUCGUUCGAUGUUAGAGAAACGAGACUCGCCUCCUUUCAGUGCAAUAGGUUCAUGCACAUUUCCGAAUGGCGAGGGCGCUACGCAACCUGGUUACUCUUCGCUGAAGCAAUUCCUCGGCCUAUCUAAACAGCCAAAUGGCGGAAAUGGAUUGAAUGGUCAGGUAUACAAUGCCUGCAAAAAGUGGUACGUAGGCAAUCACACUUGUGCCGAAACAGGACCAGGCUAUAAAUGGUACCGCACUACGGAUGAAUCACCCACAGGAAUCCCGACUGGAAGCAAACAGUCCAUCGAUCAUGUCUACGAGCUGCAAAUGGGGAAGGCUUUCUUAAUGACUAAGAUCGACAAACCCGGCUUUAAUUGCGAUGACAUGAAUCAGGUGUUCUUCCCUUGCGGCAGGAACAAUAUCCAGAGGAUAAUGGAUCAGCUUCCCGGAAUGCAGAUCUCGGACGGGACGGCGCCUUCAAAUGGUGACCCAGCAAAGCUCAAGAAUACGAACGAAGGAUUCGCAGGCUUGGAGCAAAGCAUUAAUGGUGCCAAGGGGUUCCUCUUCAAUAAAGGCAUCGAUCCUCCCGAUACAUAUUUCACCAGAUCGCGCCUGAAAACCACUCAGACGAAGAUCGAUACCAUCAAGGACUUCAUCAUGCUCUUCAGCGUUUUCAAAGAUAGCGAUUUCGUCCACAUGUUCGAUGUCACCAAUGACCGGAUCUACAAAGCAUACCAGAGUCUCGACCAGAACAUCACCCUUGCCGCCUACAAGCACAGUGACGGAACUCCCAUCAAAGCAGACUGGGCGGCAGACUACAAAACGUGGGUUGAAGGAUAUCUAGCAGACAUCGCCCCUCCGGCCUGGACGUGGAGCUCAACCACUCGGGAUGAUCUCGAGACGCAGCUCAACAAUCCCGCAGACACGACCGAAGCCACACUCAAGGCGUCCCAGUUGAAGCAGCUUGCCGCCAUCAAAGCUGACUCGCAUUUCACACAAGACUUCUUCAAGCUCGACAUUCCACUCUCCUGGACGACGGGUACGAUAGUCCUCCGUAGCUUGGACUCGUCGCUUUUGAAACGUGAACUGAGUUGCCCCCUCAAUCAGCCCUCGAGUUCUUCUUCUGGCAGUUCUUCAUCUACAGCUUCGUCAGCCUCGUCAUCUCCCUCGUCGUCCGGGCCAUCCUCAACCCUCACAUCAGUAUCUACAACAGGAGGGUCCAGCAUUCCAUCCGCCACCACCACAACUAUCCCAACCAGUACUCUUUCCUCCGCCUCGGCCACAAUCACCACCUUCGCCGACUGCAUGGCGGACGGCGCACCCUGGUACAGUCCCACCUCCUGGUGCGACUGUGGCCCGUCAUCCCACUACGCCGCCAUGUCCGUCUCGCCCGGCAUCACCGGCGAAGCCUCUUCCUCGGCCAUGUGCGCCUUCACGACCCUCAAUCCCUCCGACAUCAUCACCCCCGUCUCCACCUCCGCUGCACCCACCAACAUCCCCGGCGUCGGCGGCGUACCCGGCUGCCGCGGCGUAACGUGGUCCUACGGCGCCGAAUGCCCCUACGCACAAAACGGCUGGUGCGACUGCGGCGGCACAUUAGUGCCCGCCACGGGCAACGACCCCAACAAGAUCGAAUGCGACUACAAGAUCCAGCCGACCGCGAACGCGUGCCCUGUCGUUACGGCCUUCAGCGCCUCGCUCGCCGCUGCUUCCGCUUCCUCCGCUUCCGUCGAGAGCGUGUCUGCGGCCUCCGUCGCCAGCAUCGCUAGUGUUGUGUCUGCGAGCUCCGCGGCCGCGGGACCUCAGGAGACGAGCUAUAACCAUGACGGCAGCUCGCUGUGUGGGGACAUUAGUAAGGGCGCGUGCCAGAAUGCGUAUGCGCAAUAUAACGACGGGGACACCUAUCACAAAUACAGUGCCUAUGUCGCAUCCUCAGGGGAUACGUUCAUCAACGACUGGCUAGGUGGCAACCAGGGGUGUACUGCGAAAUUCUCUUGCGACAACGACGAUGCGUACGCGAAGGGCAUGACGGGCAAGGAUAUCAAGAAGGCGUUUGAUAAUCUGUACUCGCACAGCGAUGUCGAGAUCUGCGGGACGGCGGAUCUGGCAAAUGGGUGCCAUGUCAGCGUGGAUAUGUGCAAUGAUUGCCGCCCGGAGAUCCCGUGCUAUGCAUUGUCGAAAGACGAGGUCAGUGGCGGGUUUCCGUGCUAUGGGCAAUUCAAGGAUGGGAUUGACAGGACGUGCACGUAUCGACCAAUUGCGUGCGGACGCGCGGGGAUUUGCGGGCAUGAGUGUUCUUGUACGGAUGGCAGUUCUCCGCAGGCAUUUGUUGAGCCGGUGGUGAACUUGUAUACGUGUCCGGAUGUGAAGGGUUUGCCUGAUCCGCCAGCCGGUUGGCCGGACGGGAACGUGGCGAAGAUGAGGAGGAUGGGGAAGAGAGAGGAUGAGAAGAAGAGAUUUGCGAAGGGUUGGGUGGCGUGA